UUCCACCCUGUGAAAAACCAUGUCUUUAAAAAGUUAUUAUCAUCCUUAUGUUUAGUUGUUAUAAUACAGAGAUAAUGUCUAAAAUGUGCACCGUUAGGUUUUCUGUCAUUCCGCUGGCGGAGAAGUGGUUCAUUCGCUCAGAGGCUAAAUAAAGACUUCCUGUAGGUCCUCAGUGAGCAUUCUGGGGAGACCGCUAUAAUCGAGACCGAACUUUAAGUGUCUACACCCAGAAACAGAACCUUUCAGGACACACCGGCUGGAGCUAAGCAGAAGUGCAAUGGAUGAAGAGGAGCAGUUUGUCAACAUUGAUCUGACUGAUGAUAAUAUCUGCAGUGUCUGCAAGCUGGAGACAGAAACAGGGACCAUGUCUUUCUGCCACGUCUGCUUUGAACUCAACAUUGAGGGUGUCUCCUCUGUUGCCCUCUUACACUCAAAGUCUCUGCGAGGCCACAGAGACUGCUUUGAGAAGUGCCAUCUGAUUGCCAACCAGAAGCUGUCCCAUUCCAAGGUCUCCCGGAGUUCCUACGAGGGCAUGAAGCUGGCCCUCAGCCAGAAACUCAGCCAGAUCAUCCAUUUUGCCCAGAACAAAGAUUCAUCCAAUGGCUGCAGCAGACGAGGACCAAAGCUUCUUUGUUACAGCCAGCAGAACGACCUGAAGCUGCUGCCACAGACUGAUGCCCAGGUGCCCCGAUAUGCACCCUCCUGGGACGGGGGCAAAGCAGCAAGGCUGCCUGAGUACACCAUGGGCAUGCUGGGAAGUCAAACUGAGGAGGUAGAGCUGCUGAAUGAGUCUCAGUCUGAUACUUGGAGCAGUCUACACAGCCAGAGGCCGUCACCUGGAGGACCGGGUCAACUCGGACACGAAGGCCACAGCAGGGAGGAACUGAGUGGCAUGAGUGUGGAGGAACUCCGUCAGCUAAACGGACAGCUGCUGAAGCAGAUCCAAACGGUGUUUGAGGAGCUGACGGCUGCUGUGCAGGAGAAGGAUGCCUUAGCGUCAGAGCUGCACGUCCGUCACGUAGCCAUCGAGCAGCUCUUUAAGAACUGUGCCAAGCUGCCCUGGCUGCACAUCAGCAGGGCGGGGGUGAAGGCCAGCAGCAGUGGAGGAGCUGUGGAGUAAAUGAGGAGGCUUUCUGGAUCUGCUGUGGGAGACGAGAGCUGGUGAAGACCUGGAUCCUGGUCCACUUUAGGACACUAUCAAGCCUCCUGGUUGUGAGUUCUGCUUCAACGCAGAAUAAAGGGCUUUUGCUGCAGAGCUGACGCAAGGAUUAAAGAGUUUCUGCUCUGGAGGAUCUCCUGGGUCCUACCAAGUACCCAGGACGGGGGGUUAAAGUGUUGAUGGCAGGUUUGUGUCAUUUCCUUUUGUGUAAAUGUGUUUUAUUCUUACAUUUCUACUUUGUUUCAUGAGAUUGGGUUAUCCAUGGGUUUUGAAGCUGCUGUAUAGUAGACCAGCCUGAAUCUGGGGUGAUGCACUGCAGGAACAAAACUACGAGGAAACAGGCAAACUCUGGUGGUUGAUACUGGGUUGUGUACAUGUUUCUGUGUCAGUUUAGUCUUUGGUUAUGCUUUUAUGUGUUUGCAGUUUAUCUUUAUUUUAUCUGCAUUUGGGUCACCAGCCUGUCUCCAAGUUCUCCCACUUCUCCAGUCGAGGCAGUAACUCAGGCUCCCAGGUUCCUGUGACCGGUGUGGAGACCCCUCGGUAAUGAUUUGUUUUUAUGUUUUCGUUUGUUUAGAAACAGACUCCGCCCACUUCCCACGGGUCAUAGUUUGGAUUUAAAACCCAGAUUCUGCUUUUAAAUGCCUAUUUCUUUACGUGAAGCCCUUUUAUGUUUGUUGUUUAGCUAUGAAGCACAAGUACUUGUAGGUUUGCUCUGUUAGAGCAGGAGAACUGCACCAAAGUCUGCAUUUGUUCAGUACUUUAGAAUCGAACCACCGACGUUUGAAGGCUUCUCUAAACCGUAGAUUACAGCAGGAACAUAUUCAGUGUUAAUCCCCUCCUGCUCGGUGAGACAUGGGUGGAUUUGAGCAAUAAGCCGUUCCUGUGUCUACAGGAGCCCCUGGCUUUUGAACAAAGGGAGACAGAUGAACGAACUCUAUGCAAGUUACUAAUAGAUCUGACGCCUUAUUGUGUGACGACACAAGAUCAGAGUUUAUCAGCUUUAGACUGGACGGGAAAGGUCAGCAUUGUUGGUGUGCUCGCUCUCUUUAUAAGAGAUUUCAUAUAUUUGACCAUUUUAGGGUCUAAAUAAAAGUUUUAGCUGCAUUUUAAAAGUUAUCGUGGUUCCUUUGAGUGAUUGUGAAUACCAGUGUGGUUUUCCUCUUCCCUGUUUGGAACGCUGUGUCUGCUGUAGCAGCACGCCUGAUGGAAGCAUGUCUGUUACACUUCCACAUCCAGCAUCCAACUCUCCAUUUGGCUGCAGUUGACGUUUUACUUUCUAUUUAUUGUGUGUUGAUGGACCUUUUGGGUUGUGUGAUUUGUGCUCAACUAAACUUUUUCAAUAAAAUCAUGUGAAAUGGAAAUACUCUGGUGUUAAAAUGAACAAAUACAGUGUUGGACUCCUC